GGGGGGAGCCCGACCACUAGCCAAACGCCGGUUUCUGUGAUUGGCUGGAGGAAGAUCAGGCGCCCACCAAUCAGCGGCUCCGGCUCCCAGGGUGCGACGCUGGGUGGCCGAUCUCUGGCCUGCGUUGGCCAGGGGCAGGGCGCAUCUCGGGGGGAGCCGAGCGCUGGUUGGCAGAGGCGGCGCCCCAGGUGAUCUGCCUUGGGCAGGCGGUGCCAUGGAGCCAGAGACCCGCAGCAUCCAGAUUGAGUUCCCGCACUAUGCUGCGGUGCUGCUGGAAUCACUCAACAAGCACCGCUUGGAGGGUAAGUUCUGCGACAUCUCCAUCCACGUGCAGGGCCGGGUCUUCCAGGCUCACAAGAGUGUGCUGGCCGCCUCCUCGCCCUACUUCCAUGACAAGCUGCUCCUCAACGACACCAACUGCAUUGUGCUGCCCAGUGUCAUUGAGCCAGAGGCCUUUGAGAAUUUGCUACAGCUCAUCUACUCUGGCCGUCUCAAGCUGCUGAUGGAGGCACUGCCCAGUCACCUGCUGGUGGCCAGCGGGCUGCAGAUGUGGCAGGUGGUGGACCAGUGCUCUGAGAUCCUUAAAGAGCUGGAGGGGGGACCCUGCCGGCCCUGGUCCAGCCGGGCAAGCGAGAGCCAGUCCCCCAGUAGCAGCAACUAUUUUGCUGUGAAGGAUGAUGGGGAGCCAGGGGGCAGCAGCUCAGAGGGGCCUGGGCAUGGUGGGGUGUCAUCAGGCCGGGCAGCUCCAGGCUGCCUUGACAAUGAGGUGAUGAAGAUCCGGGUGUCACAGGAGGAAGAAGAGGAGGAAGAGGAGGAGGAGGACCAUCAGGCUCAGAUCUGUAGCGGCUCAAUGGACAAGGCUGUGAAGAUUGUACUGGAGGAAGAUGAAGAGGGUGGUGGCAGAGGUGGCUCCAAAGGGCCGUCUUCAGGGGAGCUGGACAGUGCCUUCCAUGGCCCCCGUGACCACCCCAAGAUCUUCUACAUCAAGCAGGAGCACUUUGACCCUGACGAGGCAGCAGGGGCAGCACUGGGAGGUGGUGUGAGUGCUGCAGGUGAGGCCAGCUUUCUCAAGUCGCUGGCACAGGGUCGGGCGUUGGGCAUGGCUGAGGUUCAGGGCCUGUGCCAGGCGGAGUUCCAGCCAAGCAGUGAAGUUAGCUACAUAAUCCCUGCUGCAGGCACUGGUGCCACCUCCUCCUCCUCCAUCACUGCCCCUGGCUUCACCAUUAAGGCCCAGCCCCUCUCCUCUGAAGAGGCCGGGUUCCCCCAGAGCUCCUGGAAGCCAGUGGACCUACAUGGCAAUGAGAUCAUUGCCCAUGCGGUGCAUGGCCAGGUGGUGCAUGCGCCCGUUAAAAUUGUGACGGCACCUGAUGGAAAGAAGUUUGGCUGCCUUUGUGGCAAGCGCUUUGCUGUCAAGCCUAAGCGUGACCGGCACAUCAUGCUGACCUUCAGUUUGCGCCCCUUUGGCUGUUCCGUCUGCAACAAGAAGUUCAAGCUGAAACACCACCUGACGGAGCACAUGAAGACCCACGAUGGGAACCUGUAUUCAUGCGAGGACUGUGGGCGCAAGUUCCGUGUGCAGAACUGCUUCCUCAAGCACAAGGAGCUGUGCAAGGGCCAGGGCUGGGCCACUGCUUGCUGGACCUACAAAUAAAACCUGGGGUGGGACUGAGUGGAGGACUCCUGCCAGCCUUCUCUAGGCCUGAUUUA